GCCAAGUAUCGACCAGGUCCCACCUCCAGCCGUAAGGCGCGUGCGCAAAUGAGCAGAAAAAUUCCAUGAAUUCCAGAUAAAUUCCAGCGUUUGCAUUGCAAUACACCUGUGUAAACCUUAAAUAAUAAUCGCAGCUAAAAGCCAAUAGGCCGACUCGAUUAUUGGCCAAGUGUUUGAGUGUCAAGUGGAGUGUGAGAGGAAGAAACGAAGCCCUAAGGAUAUAAACCAGAGAGUGGAAGGGUAAUCAAGUGCCAGACUAAUUUCAAAUUGUGUGUCAGUAGGAUAAAUCGAUUUUAUUUUCGGGAAGCUGUAAACAACCCUUGUGCUCCAAAAACCAACAACCAGCACCAAAAAUGGCUUAUAGAUUAAAGGCCACCAAGUGUCCCACGGACGAGCUAUCCCUCACCAAUCGUGCCAUUGUGAAUGUUGGCGACUUUCCCGACGACGUCAAGUAUGCUGACAUCUCGCCCGCUCCGGGCCAGCACUUCAUCUUCGCUUUGGAGAAGACAGUGGAGGUGCCCAGCGGCUAUGUCGGCUUCUCCCUGGUCCAGCGCAAGUGGGCCAUGGUCUCCAUCAACCAGGAGCUGGAGGUGCGUCCCUACCGCUUCGAUGCCAACUCGGAUGUCAUCACCUGUGUCUCCUUCGAAACUGAUUUUCUGCAAAAGAAAACUGUCUCCCAGGAGCCCUACGACUCCGACCAGAUGGCCAAGGAGUUCAUCAUGCAGUUCGCUGGCAUGGCCCUCACAGUGGGCCAGUCCUUGGUGUUCAACUUCAAGGACAAGAAGCUUCUAGGACUGGCCGUCAAGUCGCUGGAGGCCAUCGACCCGAAGAGCCUGGGCGAGGGCAAGGAGCCUGCCAUGAGGAAUGUGAGAUUCGGCCGGAUCCUGGGCAACACGGUCGUCCAGUUCGAGAAGGCGGAGAACAGCUCUUUGAACCUGCAGGGCAAGAGCAAGGGCAAGGUGGUCCGCCAGUCGAUCAUCAAUCCGGACUGGGACUUUGGCAAGAUGGGAAUCGGUGGCCUGGACAAGGAGUUCAACUCGAUCUUCCGACGUGCCUUCGCCUCGCGCGUCUUCCCGCCGGAACUGGUCGAGCAGCUGGGCUGCAAGCACGUCAAGGGUAUCCUUCUGUACGGCCCUCCAGGCACUGGCAAGACCCUGAUGGCCCGCCAGAUCGGCACUAUGUUGAAUGCCCGGGAGCCGAAGAUCGUGAAUGGACCACAGAUCCUGGACAAGUACGUGGGCGAGUCGGAGGCCAAUGUCCGGCGACUGUUCGCCGAGGCCGAGGAGGAGGAGAAGCGCCUGGGACCGAACAGCGGCCUCCACAUCAUCAUCUUCGAUGAGAUCGAUGCCAUUUGCAAGCAGCGUGGCUCCGUGGCCGGGAACAGUGGCGUCCACGACACGGUCGUCAAUCAGCUGCUGACCAAGAUCGAUGGCGUCGACCAGCUGAACAACAUCCUGGUGAUCGGGAUGACCAAUCGUCGGGACAUGAUCGAUGAAGCUCUCCUGCGACCCGGCCGCCUCGAAGUCCAAAUGGAGAUCAGCCUGCCGAACGAACAGGGUCGGGUCCAGAUCCUCAACAUUCAUACCAAGCGGAUGAGGGACUUUAACAAGAUCAACGAGGACGUCGAUUGCAAGGAGAUUGCCGCUCUGACCAAGAACUUUAGUGGCGCCGAGCUGGAGGGUCUGGUGCGUGCCGCCCAGUCCAGUGCCAUGAAUCGACUGAUCAAGGCCGAUGCCAAGGUCACCGUCGAUCCCGAGGCCAUGGAGAAGCUGAAGGUGAACCGGGAUGACUUCCUCCACUCCCUGGAGAACGAUAUCAAGCCGGCCUUCGGCACUGCCCAGGAGAUUCUCGACAAUAUGCUCGCCCGCGGCGUCAUCAACUGGGGUACUCCGGUUAGCAAUCUUCUGGAGGACGGGAUGCUCUAUGUCCAGCAAGCCAAGGCACCGGAAUCGAGUGGCCUGGUCUCUGUGCUGGUGGCCGGUGCCCCCAACUCCGGCAAGACCGCUCUGGCCGCCCAGCUGGCCAAGAUGUCGGACUUUCCGUUCGUCAAGGUCUGUUCGCCGGAGGAUAUGGUUGGGUUCACGGAGUCGGCCAAGUGCCUGCACAUCCGGAAGAUCUUCGACGACGCCUAUCGCUCCACGCUCAGCUGCAUUGUGGUGGACAAUGUGGAGCGGCUCCUCGACUACGGUUCGAUUGGUCCGCGCUACUCCAAUAUGACGCUCCAGGCCCUGCUGGUGCUGCUCAAGAAGCAGCCGCCCAAGGGUAGGAAGCUCCUCAUCCUCUGCACCUCCAGUCGUCGGGAGGUCCUGGAGGAGAUGGAGAUGCUAACGGCCUUCACUUCGGUGCUGCAUGUUCCCAAUCUAUCGCAUCCGGAUCAUGUCCUGGCCGUGCUCGAGCACACGGACAUCUUUAGCAAGGGCGAGGUCCAGGCCAUUGGCAAGAAGAUGGCUGGAAAGAGGGUCUUCAUUGGCAUCAAGAAGCUACUGGGCCUGAUCGACAUGGCCCGUCAGACGGAGCCCUCCCAGCGGGCCAUCAAGUUUCUGUCCAAAAUGGAGGAGGAAGGUGGCCUCGACAUGGUGGCACGUCAGUAGGUGGCGCCACCAAUCCCAAUACGAUGCAAUCUCAAUUAUUAGCUUCUAAGUGCCGAGAAUGGACGAAGCACGACAAACACCGCAAUAACUUAUACCAAAAAAUAAUGCAAUAUAUAUCUGCAAACCGAUAUAUAUAUAUAUAUAUAUAUGAGUGUGUGACCCAAGGCUUCGCGUUGUUCAGAUUAUAUAUAUUAUAUAUAAGGAGAUAUUUAUGUAAUUCCUGUAAUUCUGAGUUCUCCCGUUCUGAGGAGCACAAUCAAAUCGGAAAUCAGAAAUCGGAAAUCGGAAAUGUGAGAUAUAUGUGAGACCUGGGGACCUGAAGAUUUCACAAAAAAAGAGAAGAGAAGAGAAGAAAGCUAGACAGAAGAUAGUCUCAAUAAUCUAAAAUACCAUGAUAUCCUUAUCGUUGAUUUUUAUUUUAGGACUUCCUUUCGGAUGAUCCAGGAUAUCGCUUUGAAGGAAGAUAAAAGCCAGAAGAAAACACCAAAAAACAAGAAAAAAUAUAACCAAAGUUGUUGUUUAUCAGUGAUUUAACGAACGAAACUACCUAAUUAAUUAAUUAACAAACAAACAAACAAAAAUUUAUUAAAUCAAAUAUUGUUAACCGCCAAUGUUAUAUACAUAUACGUAUAUCUUAAAUAAAUCGAUCUCGAAUUCCAUCUUAGGUGGCUCUCCACAGGCCCUGAAUCUAUUAUAUAUAUUAUUAUAAAUAAAGCAAUUAACUAAUUCAACUAA